AUGCAUCUAAGUGGGAACGAAAAGGAAGAGCAGGAUGUUCAGUGGUUGGUGGGUAGCAGCGGAGAGAGAACGGCAAGACUUGAAUCUCCGUUUCCGGAUGACGGUCAUUUUCUCCGGCGGUUUGGGAGUUCCGGUGGGGCGACACUAACGGCGGUUUCCUUUGUACGGCGGAGGUACGAUCAUCAGAUCAGUUUUAGAGAGAGAAAACAAAAACCUGAAAACCCGUUGGCAGUGAUAAGCUGUGUCGCAGAUUUGACGGCGUUGAUUAAAGGGAGCUUCUUCUCAACAACAAGUGAGACGUAUACCACCACCAGGGUUUUCGAGCAACCCAAGGAGUUGUUGUCGUUCUUGAAUACCUGCCUUUUUUGUUCAAUAAUUUAUGACUCAAUUUCUGACUUGCAUCAGUUCGUAGAAGCUCAUGUAGUACAAACCCUGAAUCUUGGUAUAGACAUUUUGUCUAUCUUGUCUCAUGCUAUGACAACGAAUUGGGUUACAGUAACUGUCAGGUGGGUUGUAUCGAACAAAGCUGAGAGGGUUACUGAUGUUUCAUUUUUGCUUGAUGAUGGCACAGGUGAUGUAGACUGCAAUAGAUGGGUAUAUGAACCGGUACACAGAAAGGAGAUGAAAGCAAUAACAUUCCUUCGAUUCAGACUUCCUUUCAGGUUACAAAAAAGCCGUGGAGUUCCUGCUUUUUUUCGAAGACAUGGACUUCUUGUGUUGUGAAACAAUUUCCACUUAUGGACCGGUAGGGCCAUGGCUUCAGCUUUAAAUGUUGUACAAACAUACCAUUUUUUUUUGCUGAUUAUGCACUUCUUUCAAAGGCAGUUGACUCUGAACAGGAGAAAGGCCUUGGAAACUUUUGUGGAUUGCUUGGAUUGGAUUUCAGGGACCUUUGAACGUUAACAACAACAACGAACUAUCAGACUUGGAUCAACAACAGUAUUGCUUAUGCCUAAUGAUGUCCUUUCAACCAUCGCCAUAAUUGAGGUCUCAUGUUCAAGCAAGAAAUCAACGUUGGAGGGUUGCUAUGCUUUAUUGUGUUUUUUUUUACAGUGAUAGCUGUCCAACAAGAAUGAAAUGAAAGGAAGAAUGGAAUUAUUUAUUCUGUUGCCAAAUGGAAUGGAAAGUGUUUUUAAGUUUCAACACCGCAAUCUUAUAUAAUUAUUUCAGGACCAUAAUCUUGACUUUUAUUUAUUUAUGUAUUUCAGAUGUUUAAUUAUUUGUAGAUUUUUGUGGAUGAUAAUACUUCAUGGGCUUUAAUACUGGCUGCAUUUUCUGAUCAAGUGACCUUCCCACUUCCUUUGUAUUCUCUUUAACUGAGC